GAAAGUGUUUGUGUGUGUGUGUGUGUGUGUGUGUGUGUGUGAGUGUGAGUGUGAGAGAGAGAGAGAGAGAGAGAGAGAGUGCCUGUGUGUGUGUGCGUGUGCGUGUGUGUGUGAGUGCGCAGAAGCUGAAGGAGGGAUCAAGUCACAACACACAGUUGCAUUCACUCAGUUGCUGAGUCUCACUGUCAUUCAUGUCGCUCUCCUUAAAAACUCUUGCACACACACUCACAGACUCACACACACACUGGACUUUAAGGUUGAAUAAGUAACUAUUUGACCAGGAAGGAAGAAAAGAUAGACAAUAGAAAGACUGGAAAUAUUUUUGUCUCUUUCUUUCUUUCUUUUUUAAACUUUAAACUUGGACACAAGGACUUUACUUUUUCAGCACAGGUGGAUACAAACCUUUUUCUAAACUUUUUUGUGGGUCAAACCAAGCAAAAAGGACACAGUUUCUUGUUCUGUUUUUUUUAUUUACGGUUGGACUUUUGGACUUGGUCUGGGUGAGAGCACAGUAAGAGGAAGGAGAUGGGGAGAUGGGUGUUAUAUCUCUCAGUGGGGCUUGGGCUUCUAGCCAUCCUGUUGACCUCCUGUUAUGCUGAAGAGAACUACUGCUUCAAGGCCCGGGACAAGAGCUGCUCCGAGUGCCUGCAGGCUGGGAAAGACUGCGCCUACUGCCCUGAUGAGAACUUUGACGGCCCGCGCUGUGACCUGUAUGAAAACAUACGCACCCACGGCUGCAGUGGUGCGGCUCUUAUCACAGCUAAAAGCGAAAGGAUUGUGAUGAGGGCACAACAGAUCAACAUGAAGCACAGUCAGUCUCAGGUGUCUCCACAGCGGAUGAGCAUGAGCUUCCUUCCAGGAGAGGAGAAGGUGGUGGACGUGGACGUGUUUUCUCCGACCAAAGGUCCUCUGGAUCUUUAUAUUCUUAUGGAUUUCUCCAACUCCAUGGCUGAUGAUUUGGCCAACUUGAAGAAGAUGGGCAAUGAGCUAUCUCGGUUGAUUGGGAACCUGUCAAAUGACCCCACCAUUGGCUUUGGGAAGUUUGUUGACAAAGUGAUUGAGCCCCAGACGGACAUGAGACCCUCCAAACUUAAAACGCCAUGGCCCGACAGUGACCCUCCAUUCUCCUUCCAAAACGUCAUCAAGCUGACCAAAGAUGUGAACGAAUUCACCUCAAAGCUCCAGAAGGAGAAAAUAUCUGGCAACCUGGACGCUCCUGAAGGAGGGUUUGACGCCAUAUUGCAGGCUGCAGUUUGUGGGAAUAGAAUCGGUUGGCGAAACCACAGCACACAUCUCCUGGUUUUCUCCACCGAGUCAGCCUUCCACUACGAGGCAGAUGGCGCUAACGUACUGUCCGGCAUCCUGCCACGCAACGACGAACGCUGCCACCUGGACGCAGUGGGCAAAUACACAGAGGAUACCAAACAGGAUUACCCAUCAAUACCCACGCUGGUCCGCGUGCUUGGCAAACACAACAUCAUCCCCAUAUUUGCUGUUACCAACCACUCAUACACGUACUACAAGAAACUUCAGGAAUAUUUCCCCAUUGCUGAGGUUGGUCUGCUGCAAGAGGAUUCCUCUAACAUCCUGGAGGUCAUGGAGACCGCCUUCAAGAAUAUCCGUUCCAAGAUGAGCAUCCAUACGGAGGAGACACCCAAAGCGUUCAAGUCUCAGUUCAUGACGACCGAGGGACAACUUUCAGAAUACGGGAACUUUAAUUUCCAGCCUGGAGAAAUUGGUAGGUUCAAGAUGCGUCUCAAAGCCCAGAGGAUGAUUGACGAAACGCCUGUCUGCCAGACUAAUCAGGAAGAUAAGGAGGGGACGAUGAGAGUCAAGCCCACCACCUUCAAUAACGCUUUCAGCAUUGAGGCCUCGAUUCUGUGUCCGACCUGCGAAUGUGAGAAGACUCCCGUCCUUAAAUCAGCCAAAUGCCACAGCAAUGGAGACAUGAGGUGUGGGAAGUGUCAGUGUUUUGAUGGCUGGUUGGGUGCAUUCUGUAACUGCUCAGUGAGUUCUUCAGCUCAGGACACCAGCCGGUGCAAAAUCCCGGGCAAUACGGAGCCUUGUUCAGGUCGCGGGGAGUGCAAGCAGUGUGGAGGCUGUGUGUGCUCCAACCCAGAUCAGUUUGAGGGACCAUACUGUCAGUACGACAAGACCCAGUGUCCACGAUCUGGAGGCUUCCUCUGCAACGACCGUGGCACUUGCUCGAUGGGUAGCUGUGUAUGUGGAAAAGGCUGGAGUGGAAAAGCCUGCGAGUGUACCAAUAGCAACCAGACCUGUCUGGACAACAAGGGGGGUAUCUGCAAUGGGGUAGCUAAAUGUGUCUGCGGUCGCUGUCAGUGCAACAACACUGGCGUGGAGAUGACUUCGACCUGUGAGCCAAAUUUCCAGGCCCAGCUGGGCGUGUGUGAGGGUACAAGGGAUUGUGUCCAGUGUCAAGCCUGGAAGACGGGAAAGAAGGAGGACUGUAAGAACUGCCCCUUCAAAAUUACCAUGGUGGAUGAACUCAAAGAAGCGGACAAAGUGCUUGAUUCGUGCAGUUUCCGUGACGAAGAUGAUGACUGUACCUACCACUACACUGCUGAGAACCCCACAGAUUCAAAAAAUGGAAUCUUGGACGUCCAAGUGCUCAAAAAGAAAGAUUGUCCCGCUGCCAGCCUCCUGUGGCUGCUGCCUCUCCUCUUGUUCCUGUUGUUACUGUUGGCACUCCUGCUGCUCUGCUGCUGGAAAUACUGUGCCUGCUGCAAAACCUGCUGCCAGAGCUGUCUUGCCCUGCUGCCUUGUUGUAGGAAAGGUCGCAUGGUCGGCUUCAAGGAAGAUGAGUAUUUGCUCCGCCAGUCUCUGCUCACCUCAGACCAUCUGGACACGCCAAUGGUGAGGACUGGUCCACCCAAAGGGACUGAUGUGGUUCGCUGGAAGGUGACAGAUAAUGUACACAGAGGACCCAAUCACCCCCAGGCUCUGAUGAAGCCAAAUCCUAAAGAGACUAUCCAGUUCCCACUCUCCGUCCGGCUGAACAGGCUGUUCUCUGAAAUCCUGUCCCGCCCUGAAUCCAAAGAAGCAGAUCAGCUCCGCAAAGAAGCGGCCGAUAACCUCAAUGAGGUGUACAAACAGAUUCCUGGGGCCCAGAAGGUGCAGAAGACCGCUUUCAGAAUGCAGAGAAAUGCUGGAAAAAGGCAGGACUACACCAUCAUGGACACUGUCUUGUCCGCUCCUCGUAGCAGCUUUCCUGAUAUUGUUAAACUCACAGAGAAAAAUGUCCAGUCUGGAAACUUCCAAGACCUCAAGGUGGUGCCUGGCUACUACACUGUGGCCACAGACAGAGAGGCUUCGGGAGCCAUCGAGUUCCAGGAAGGUGUGGAGUCAGUAGACGUUCAUGUGCCGCUCUUUGUCAAAGAAGAAGACGAUGACAAGAAGCAGCUGCUUGUGGAGGCUGCGGAUGUGCCGCUAGGCAUUGCUGAGAUCGGAAAACGUUUGGUCAACAUCACCAUCAUCAAAGAGCAUGCCACCAGUGUGUUCUCGUUCCUCCAGCCGGCCUACACAUACAGCAGACAGGAUGGAGUGGCCAACAUUCCAAUCAGCAGGGAGAUCAUUGAGGAUGGACGAACACAGGUCACAUACCGCUCACGGGAUCUCACAGCCAAGGACAAAAAGGACUAUAUAACUGUGGAAGGAGACCUGACCUAUGUUCCUGGUGAGACCCAGAAGACAGUUCCUGUUCGUCUGCUGGAGCUGGUUGAGAAAGAUGGCCUCCUCGAAGACAAACAGGUCAAGCAGUUUGUCAUGGACCUCAGUAACCCACGGCAGGGAGCGAAGCUGGGGCGCUACCCGAGAACUACUGUCACCAUCGCAGACCAGCCAGAGCCCAGCGUGAUGAUGUUCAAAAAGGGCACCCAGAACUUCUCCACAUUUGACCCGACCUACACCAUUCCUGUGGUGCGUACUCGAAACCCGGAUAGCCCCGCCACAGUGAAAUGGCGUACAAAGAAGGCCCAGCGCUUCGAUCUCUCUGGCCUUCUGAAGUUUGGUCCUGGAGAAACAGAGAAGAACAUAGUGAUCGACCCGCAAAACCAUCCUGGUCCAAUCCAGCCUGAGACUUUCCAUCUGGAGCUGUUCGACCCAAGUAGCAAUGCUUCUAUUGGAGAGAGGAAGACCACCCUUGUCAAUGUCACAGAAGAAGCUCUCCUUCCAUCAAGUCCUGGGAUCGCCAACAUGUUGCAGAAGAACUCCGCCGGCACGAAAGGCUUGCCCCCUGGUGGUCUCCUUCUCGCUCCAGGAAACCCUGAAGCCAAAGCAACUGGACCCAGAAAUAUUCACCUGAACUGGGACCCACCACCUGGUAACCCAAUGGGUUACAAGGUGAAGUACUGGAUUUACGGCGACCCAGAGAAAGACGCCCAGGUCUUGGAUGUGAAGACGCCUCAAGCUGAGUUGACCAACCUCUACCCCUAUUGCGACUACGAGAUGCGAGUGUGCGCCUAUAAUUCAAUGGGAGAAGGCUACAAUACAGACAUGAUUGCCUGUCAGACCCUGGAAGACGUGCCUGGUGAACCAGGACGUUUGGCCUUUAACGUCAUCAGCCGGACUGUCACUCAGGUCAGCUGGGGGGAGCCCGCAGAGACAAACGGCAACAUCACAGCCUACGAGGUCAUCUACACACCCAUCGAUGAUAACCUGAAGCCGGUGGGCGCCGCCAAGAAAGUAAAGAUCGACAACCCCAAGAAACGAAUGCUGUUGAUCGAGAACCUUCAGAGCGCCCAAACCUACCAGUACAAGGUCCGUGCCAAGAAUAGUGUGGGCUGGGGUCCCUUCAGAGAUGCUUCCAUCAACCUUGCAUCACAGCCUACCAGACCACUGUCCAUUCCCAUUAUUCCAGACAUCCCUAUUGUGGAUGCAGAGGCAGGAGACGAGUACGACGGCUACCUGAUGUACAGCAACGAGGUGAUGAAGUCCCCUGGAGGCUCCAAGACUCCCAGCGUCUCUGGUGAUGAUUUCGGGAUGAAUGGGAAGUGGGAUCAGAACUUCCUUUUCCCGGGGGGAUCAGCGACACGCAACCUGUCAGCUUCAUCCUCUCCUAUGUCCACCCUGAGCUCGAACUACAGAGCAGGAGGCGGCUCCUUCACCACAGACACAUCCACCACCUACAUGUCCGGAGCAGGAGGCUCUCGCAGGAUGGAUAUGAUUGGGGGUGGAGUACAUACAUCGGAAGUCAUCAUGAGGAAGCGCUCGGAGUCCAGGGGAUACGCAGAAGAGAACAUCCGGGACUCAAUUGUCAUGGGAGAUGUGUCGGGCAAAUUUCCAGAUCUGGGUGGUUUCGGCUACACUGGGAUGCAGAGCAGCUCUCAGAGUCAGUUCAGCUACAGCCUGCCUCAGGUUUCCAGGUCCAGGACCCAGUCUUCAGAUGUCAACGAAGCCUUAUAUAGUCUGGACAGGGUGCUCCAGGAUCAACGACUUUCCCCUGGGGUCCCAGACACCCCCAGCAGACUGGUGUUCUCCGCUCUGGGUCCCACUGCCCUCAAGGUCAGCUGGCAGGAGCCCCACUGUGAGAAAGAACUCCUUGGCUACUGUGUCCUCUACCAGCUGAUCAGUGGAGGUGAUGCAAAGCGCAUCAACGUGACGAACCCAGCAGAGAACUCUGUGAUCAUCCAGGACCUGCUGCCCAACCACUCCUACCUAUUUAAGGUGAAGGCUCAGAGCCAGGAGGGCUGGGGCCAGGAAAGAGAAGGAGUCAUCACCAUCGAGUCUGCAGUCGAUCCCAAGAGUCCCCUCAGCCCAAUGCCAGGCUCACCAUUCACUCUGAGCACCCCCAGUGCUCCAGGCCCCUUGGUCUUCACUGCUCUGAGCCCCGAUUCGCUGCAGCUCAGCUGGGAGAAACCUCGCAAACCCAACGGAGACAUCCUGGGCUACGUGGUCACCUGCGAACAGCUGCACGGUGGAAGUGACACACGUUCCUUCCAGGUGAACGGCGACAGUGCUGAGACCAGCCUCACUGUCCCCAACCUGACUGAGAACAUUCCCUACAAGUUCAAAGUUCAGGCUCGAACCACACAGGGCUUCGGUCCAGAGAGGGAGGGCAUCAUCACCAUCGAAUCUCAAGAUGGAGGUGCACUGUCUCAGUACAGUAACCAGUCAAUGUCAAUGAGGGAGGUUUUCCAAAUGCCAACAGAAGUCAGCACACGGACCAACAUCUCACACAUCGACAAUAACCAGUCAAUGUCGAUGAGGGAGGGUUUCCAAAUGCCAACAGAAGUCAGCACACGGACCAACAUCUCACACAUCGACAAUAACCAGUCAAUGUCGAUGAGGGAGGUUUUCCAAAUGCCAACAGAAGUCAGCACACGGACCAACAUCUCACACACCAUGGUCGACGACCCCUACUUCUCAGAGGGGAUGAUGAUGACCACACAGCACUCGGAGACCAGCGGCAUGGUGACUCGUCAGAUCACCAAGGAGGUGGUUGAGAGGGGCUUCAUAGGAGGAACAACUGUCACAAAGAAGAUGUUUUAUGAAUCAUAAGAUUCUAUUUAACUGUGCCCAAGUUCACACCCAAAGGUCCCAACAGGAAUCUCGGUGCAUUUUCACACCUAGCAUCAUGUCUUUGUUACAUUGUACAGUUUACAUUUGAUCCAUUUAGUCUUGGAUUCACAUUGUAAUUUAGCAAGACACUAUAGCCUGUAUGACAUGCAUGCGUCCUGUCGUCAUCACCUAUGUGGGCUGUCACUUGACGUUGAUUGGUUGGUAGUCGGACGUGCAUCUGACGUGGGCGUGUUGUCAGUUCGGCAGGUAGCAGUCUUUCUAUUUGAAUGGAGAAAAUAAAUUAACCAGUUCAUUUUGUUACCGCCAAUAAUAUUUAAUGGUAUUUCUACCAGCAUCACCAACUUGAGGCUCAGUACUUGACACUACACUUCGAAUGCGCCAAAUGAACGUCCUCGUUGUUCAAACAUUAUAUCAUCACAGGGAAAACUAUGAGCAAUCCUGUGAGCUGCUUCGACUUUCUUCUUCUUUUGUUUAAUGCUCUUUCAACGUCCUGCAAUUGGCCCGAAAGUCUGAACAACCCAAAAAAGUGUUUUCAAACCGCAAAUGGUCAGAACCGUGGUUCAGUUUGAACUCGACUGAGACCACCUCUUUUGGUCUGACUCAAUUUCAGUCUGUAGAUCUGGACCCUGGUCUGAGGCAACUUAUUUUCAGACCUGUUAUUUUGGUUCUUGUAGCCCCACAGCAAGAUGGUUCGAAUCCCAGUUCGGGCGGGAUCUUUCUGUGUGGUGUUUGCAUGUUAUCCCCAUGUUUACGCGGGUUUUCUCCGGGUUCUCCCACAAUCAGAAUACAUGCAAAGACAUGCAGAUUGGUAGUAGGUUAAUUGGAGACUUUAAAUUGACCAUAGGUGUGAAUAUGAGUGUGAGUGAUUGUUUGUCUCUGUAUGUUGUCGACCCAUCCAGGGUUAACCCCACCUCAACUGGGAUUGGCUCCAGUUUACCCUUUGGCCCUUUAAAAGGAUAUGCGGUAUAGAUGGACUAAAGUCCAGCCUAAACAAGUAGUUGUGAAAGUGCUCUGAGAUUCUCUGUCUAUAUGUUAGUUAUAUUUUGGGUGUGGGUGUGAUAUUAUGCGACCAAAAAAAAACAAAAGUCAACUGAUACAAGUGUAAAUAAAAGGAGAGGAGGCUGUUUUGUUCUUCUGGCAUGUCUGUUACACACUGUGGCCACUGUUUUGCAUUCAUUGUAACAUUUCUACAACUUUCACUGUUGCACCUGAGACUGUUUCAUCCCACGUUUUCCUUCCAGGAGGAGAAUCCCUCUGUGUUAGACUGCCCUCCUUCUGUCAGUUUAGAUCUGCCAACACACGCUGGGGCUUUACACAGCCCAGCAUGGGUCAGUAAUCUGACUGCGGUUCAUUAAUCCAAAGUGACCCUUCUCCGCUUGUCUCCUGUCCCCCCCCACCCGUCUGUAAGAAACGCUUUGUGUGCAAUCAGCGACGUGUUUUUUGACUCUUUCAGGAUGAACUCGCCAAAUCUUCAACCCAUGUUUUGUCUGAAAGCUUUCUGACCUGCAUGAAGGUUUGGCUUCGUGUUUGUGGCGGAUGCUGUACACAUUAAAUUUUCAGCUGUCCUGAGGGGAGGAGAGCACGGAGGUGGUGUGUUUGGGACUUGGUUCAUAGAUUUUUUAUGAUAUUAAAAUGUGAUAAAGCUUUCUCCCAGCAUAUUUCAUACUUUUGAAAAGAUUUUUAUCCAAUCGGAUUGACUUAAAUGAAUUAAAUGCCAAAUAUAGAAAGAUCUUAUACGCUCAUUUCCUACUGUCAAGCUAAGGGCAUGGUUAUGAUCUCAAAACUCGAUUUGAUACAACAUGCUUUUGCGUUUCAGAUGUUUAAUGAUGUUUCCUGUGUGUUUACCGUUGUAUUUUGCAUUUUGAGUGGAUUAACAUUUCAAUGAGAGCUUGUUUUUAAAAGAAACGGUAUGUAAAGACAGAAAGAUUGUAUUUGCUUCAAUGCAUGUCCUACUGUGUUUUGGGCUUGAAUUUAGAUGAAAAUGCUUUUGUAAAACAUUUUGAGAGGAUUUUUGUUAAGAAAUAAAGAUACAUAUAAGUGAAUUUCACCAAAAA